GCGUUUUGGCGCGACUGUAACUGUGUGACUCGUGUGACUGUAUCAUAUUCUUGUGUCGCGUUAUCGUUACAUGCGUGACCAGGCGGAACAAAACUUAUCCCGCGUGCGUUGCAGCGAAUGUGUUAAUUCGGAAGCAUGGCUACUGCUUAUAGAUUGAGACUUGCAAUUAAAUUCGGAAGGAAUCUCUCGACGCCCUUAAGACGAAGCUUUGAGAGGAAACUUUUAGAGAGACAAUGCCAGAGACUUUCAGCUUCAACAGGUAUCUCGGUGCGAUGCUUUUCCUCUCAGACUGCAACACAAACCACAGAAACUCACAACAUUAUAAAAGAUACUGAGAAACCAACAGGUGAAAGCAUAAAACAUGAAUUUCAAUCAGAAACGCAGAUGCUCUUGCAAAUUGUUGCAAAGAGUUUAUACUCAGAUAAAGAGGUCUUUCUACGUGAAUUAAUUUCCAAUGCAAGUGACGCACUCGAAAAGCUAAGAUAUAUGCGUUUGAGUGAUUCUAAAACUGCAGAAGUAGUCGGCGAUAGGAGUUUAGAAAUCCAUAUCGGUACUGAUAAACAGAAUAGAAUUCUUACGAUUCAAGACACAGGUAUCGGCAUGACCCAGGAGGAACUGAUAUCAAAUCUAGGAACUAUCGCGCGAUCUGGUUCCCGCGCUUUCUUAGAAAAGUUAAAAGAGAAACAGAAUGCCGGCGAUUCUUCUCAAAUCAUUGGACAGUUUGGUGUUGGGUUUUAUAGUGCUUUCAUGGUUGCUGAUAAAGUAGAAGUAUAUACAAAAUCGUAUUCAGAGAAUGCUGAGGGCCUCUGCUGGAUUUCUGAUGGUUCAAACACUUUCAAAAUCUCGAAGGCUGAGGGUGUUCAACCUGGAACAAAGAUCGUCAUUCACUUGAAACCUGAGAGCCGAGAAUAUAGCGAUGAAACUGCAGUUAAUCGUCUCAUUACCAAAUAUAGUAACUUUAUUAGCAGCCCCAUUUACGUGAACGGGAAGAGGGUUAAUACUAUACAGCCGUUAUGGAUGCUCGAUCCGAAAGAUAUCACACCUAUGCAGCACAACGAGUUCUACAGAUUUAUUGGAAAUUGUUUCGAUUCUCCACGAUUUACGCUGUAUUACACAACCGACGUUCCACUCAAUAUAAGAGCGUUGCUAUAUUUUCCUGAAGAGAGACCUCCGUUGUACGAUUUCACGAAAGGCGAGAUGAGCAGCGUCUCGUUGUAUAGUCGUAAAAUACUAAUCAAAAGUAAAGCGGAAAACAUUUUACCAAAAUGGUUGCGUUUCGUAAAGGGAGUGGUUGAUUCCGAAGAUAUUCCUCUGAAUUUAAGUCGCGAGUUGCUGCAGAACAGUGCCUUGAUCGGGAAAUUGCGAGAUGUUCUAACAACACGAGUUUUGAAGUUUUUAAAUGAGAGAUCUCAGAAGCAGACUGAAGAUUAUCAUAAAUUUUAUAAAGAUUACAGUAUCUUUUUGAAAGAGGGUAUUGUGAGCACUGACAACCAAAAAGAGAAGGAAGAAAUAGCUAAACUUCUGAGAUUCGAGUCGUCUGCCACUGCACCAGGAGAACUAAUUAGUCUUACGGAUUACUGUAAACGAAUGCCUUCAGAACAGACUAAGAUAUAUUACUUAUUAGCGCCAAGCCGAAGUUUAGCAGAACAAUCGCCAUACUAUGAAUCGCUAAAGAAACGAAAUAUCGAAGUACUAUUUUGUUACGAGGCACACGACGACGUAAUCUUCUUACAUUUGAGGCAGUUUAACUCCCAUAAUCUGACUUCCAUCGAGGAGAAUAUGCGUGAAGCAGAUUCGAAAUCAGAGAGUCCCGGUGUUAUCAAUCAAGGGGAGAUCGAUACUCUGAUAACUCACAUGAAAACUGUUUUGUCUGGGAAGGCGCACGAUAUUAAAACGACGAAUCGGCUCGAAUCGUAUCCAUGCGUGAUCACGGUUCAGGACAUGGCGAGCGCAAGGCAUUUUACGCGCAUACAAGCUCGCCAAGUGAGCGAUGAAAUGUUGUACUCGAUGCUUAGACCGUGUCUCGAAAUCAAUCCCAAUCAUCCGAUCAUCAAGAAACUUUGUGGACUAGUGGGCACCGAUCCGAAAUUAGCAGAUCUCCUAAUAAAACAGCUGUUCACUAACAGUAUGGUAGAAGCUGGUUUGGUCGACAACCCGCGAGUGUUGCUGGCAUCGAUGAACGAGUUACUGACCGCAGCAUUAGAAAAAGUUUAGAUCUCAUUACUUUAAUUCCAUUUGAUAAAUUACUUGAUACGUUGUACAUUGUAAAGUUUUUAUAGAUAACAUGUUAACUUAAUUGAAAUAUAUAGACAUAACGAGACAAAACGUAGGCAAUUGUAUUCUUUAUUACAAUAGGUUGAUCUUGUACAAAUGAAUUAUAGCCAUCUAAUUAUAACAGGUCGAUUUCCUCGUCGUUUAAAGGAUUUUUAAUAUAUCGAUAUGUAUCCUAUCAGCAGGGCUAGUUUUCCUUUUCUCUUCGCGUGGAAUUUCGAAGUUGUACCCACACCUUCGUCGUCGUACAAUUAUGGCAAGUUACAGUAAAUUAUCAAAUAAAUCGA